AUGGGUAAGGGGAAGGUGGCCGUGGCGGCCCUCGCGGCCGAGGUGGGCGUGCGGCUCGCGCUGUUCGCGGCCUUCCUGGUGACGGAGCUGCUGCCGCCCUUCCAGAGGCUCAUCCAGCCCGAGGAGAUGUGGCUUUACCGGAAUCCGUACGUGGAGGCAGAGUAUCUCCCCACCAAGCCGAUGUUUGUCAUCGCCUUCCUCGCCCCGCUGGCUCCCGUCCUCUUGGCCAGGUGUCUCAAGAAGGCGGACGCAGCCGACAGCCGGCAGGCCUGCCUGGCGGCCAGCCUGGCCCUGGCCCUGAAUGGCGUCUUCACCAACACGAUCAAACUGAUAGUGGGGAGGCCACGCCCAGACUUCUUCUACCGCUGCUUCCCGGAUGGGCAAGCCCAUGGAGACUUGGCAUGCUCGGGAGACAAGGCCGUGGUGAACGAGGGCCGUAAGAGCUUCCCCAGUGGCCACUCAUCCUUUGCAUUUGCCAGCCUGGCCUUCGCAUCCUUCUAUCUGGCGGGGAAGUUACACUGCUUCACACCACGAGGCCGAGGAAAAUCUUGGAGAUUCUGUUCGUUUCUGUCACCCCUACUCUUUGCAGCUGUGAUUGCACUGUCCCGCACCUGUGACUACAAGCAUCACUGGCAGGACGUCCUGGCUGGCUCCGCCAUCGGCCUGACGUUCGCGUACAGCUGCUACAGGCAGUACUACCCUCCGCUGACGGACGCCGAGUGCCACAGGCCGCUGCCCCUCGGCCCUGCUCUUCCCGCCGCGCAGAAGCAGCCCCGCGGCCCGCAGCCUUUCUGUGUUUAG